AUGAAUGUUUUAGUAAUCAUCUCAUUUUUGGUCUGCUUAAUAGCUGCCAGCGACGCCCGUCAUAAAUCUAGCUGGACGCAAAGUCGAACAAGUCCAGAUGAAAACCCUCACGUUGCUACCCUUAUCACACCCAAGACUACAAAACCGGAGCUCGUGGGAUCGUCGGAAAAUAAAGUUUUUUAUGAUCCGUUUGGCCGUUGGCAAAAGAAACAUAAGAGUAUUUCAUCUUUGUUUCCAUGGAAUUGGCAUUGGCCUCACAAGAAAACGACGACUACAACAACAACAACAACAACGACAACAAAGAAACCAUGCCAAAGAUGUCGCAGAACAACAACAACAACGACAACAGAACCACCCUGCCAUGAUGACGAUGAUGAGCCAAAUACACUUGCACCGCAAAAUAAUACCACGACUGCUGCUCAAGAAACAACUACUACGGCCCAACAAACAACCACUGCAGCUCCAGAAACAAGCACUGCUGCACAAGUAACAAAUAGCACUGCAGGCACUAGGGCAGACGAAGUAGACAUAUCAACUACCCCGCAACCCGAAGAUAACACAACACUUCCCGAAAGUACUACAGUUAAACCUUGUGGCAAAUGCCCUAAGGAAGACAGUCCUUGUUUAACCUCGCCAAAUCCUGUCCAAAGUAGCACAGCUGAUGACAGCUCGGAGCCUCCUGAAGUACCCACCACACUUGCGCCAGAGGUAAACGGUACCACCGCUGACGAGAGCUCAGAGGUUCCUGAAGUGCCUACCACCGCUGAACCAGAGAUUGAAGUACCACCGCUGACGAGAGCUCAGAGCUUCCUGAAGUCUACACCGCAGAACCAGAGGUUGACAGUACCACCGCAACGAGAGCUCAGAGCUUCCUGA